AUGAAGUUAUACCCGACGAAAGCUAGCAUAAGAGAUAAGAGAUGGUCUAAUUUUGAACUUUUAUGUAUUUCCAAGCCUAGGUCGAAGCUCCCACUUGGGUUCGGGGGGAAGGCAUUGAUUUGGCUUGUUGAAGCCCUAAAGGCACGUGAAGAGGGGGUUCCGGAUUUUAUAAUUAUUGACUGUCCGGCUGGGAUUGAUGCUGGGUUUAUUACUGCGAUUACUCCUGCCAAUGAAGCGGUUUUGGUGACGACGCCGGAUAUCACCAGCCUUCGUGAUGCGGAUAGGGUCACGGGGUUGUUGGAAUGUGAUGGCAUUAGGGAUAUUAAGAUGAUUGUGAACCGGGUAAGGACGGAUAUGAUAAAGGGGGAGGAUAUGAUGUCGGUUUUGGAUGUUCAGGAAAUGCUGGGAUUGCCUUUGUUGGGGGUAAUCCCCGAGGAUAAUGAGGUGAUUAGGAGUACGAAUAGAGGGUACCCCUUGGUUUUGAAUAAACCGCCUGCUUUGGCGGGGCUGGCAUUCGAGCAGGCUGCGUGGAGGUUGGUGGAGCAGGAUAGUAUGAAGGCUGUGAUGAUGGAGGAGGAACCCAAGAAACGCGGGUUUUUCUCGUUCUUUGGAGGGUAGACUGUACUUAUAUAGUGUGUGAUGAUUCUGUUUUUGAAAAAUCGGAAGUAAAUUGUGUAUAAGCUAAGGAGAUUAACUGGUCUGCAUAGGCAUGUUGUCUUAUUUCAGCUUGGCAUUGGGCAAAUCAGCAUUCGUACAGUGCCUUGAUGAUGCCUUCAAUGGUUAUCCCACAAGCUCAUUUGGUGAAACAGGAGUGAAUGGGCCAACGUUAAUGUCAAUUAUUCCUUUUAUGUUUGACAUUACUUGCCAUUCGAAAGCUUUCGAGAGAGUAUUAAUUUUUGCGAGACAAUUGAA